AAUUGUAUUAACUAGUUUUAAAUAUUUUUAAUAUUUUUUAAUAUUCAAAAUUAUUUCCUGAUAUUUAGCAUUUCUGUUUUUUAGUAUAUCACAGGCACUAAACUAUUCUGUAAUUCUAUGUAAGGAUCUCUGAAAUAAAAUUUGUGUUAAUAUUCUGGAGUUAUAAUUCUUUACAGAAACAAAGAAACAAAAUAUUAUAUUGUAUAUUCUAUAAUGUUAUUUCUUAUCAACCAAGGCAUCAUUUAUUAAUAACUGAAGUGUGUGUGAUCAGUUUGACUGUUAAAAAUCUCUGUUGCGUGAGUGCAACUACUAAAAAGUUACAGAAUUUAUUUUAAAAAUCAUCAAGCUUAUAUUUUUAUUGUCUAUCAAAUAGUAAAAAGACAAUUUUUCUAGCAAAGAAGAGUAAGUUAUUGCAGUAUUGUUGCCAGUUAUUGCCAGUGUAAGUUACUGCAAAAUAAUCAAAAAGUGUGGUUUGCUUCUGCCCAUUUUAUCCCACAACCUAUGUCAAUAUUCAGAGACCUCGUGUUUAUAUAAGGAUGCAGUUUCAGAGCUCUCAGUUGGAGAACGGAUGCCUAAACCACAGUGUUGGGGAGGAGAGAAAAACCAGCUGUCUAAGCAUGUUUACUUCAAGUGACAAGGAAGUUCUAACUUGUCCCUAAGUGGUGACUCACUUGGCUGGGACUAUAAAAGUAAAGGUAACUGCUCUCUGAAACAUCAGGGCUACAGAUUUCAGAAAUCCAACAUGAUGCAAUCAAGACUUUCAGCUGUUUUCUUUUUCUUAUUGGGUUUGUCCUUUUGCCUGACAAUCCCUAUUCCCCUCGAAGACAGCCAUGAAUUCACAGAGAAAGACCUUCAGUUUGCAGAGCGCUAUCUCAGGACUCACUAUGACCUCCAUCCGAAUCCUGCUGGCAUAAUAAGAAAGAGUGGUAACACAGUGGCAUCUAAACUUCGGGAAAUGCAAGCUUUUUUUGGCUUGGAGGUGACAGGCAAACUAGAUGAAGAAACAUAUGAACUGAUGCAGAAACCAAGAUGUGGUGUCCCAGAUGUGGGGGAAUAUAACUUUUUCCCUAGAAAACUCAAAUGGUCAAAAAUGAAUUUGACAUACAGAAUUAUGAAUUACACUUCAGAUCUGAGACGUGCUGAAGUAGACAGAGCUUUUAAAAAAGCAUUUAAAGUUUGGUCGGAUGUGACACCACUGAACUUCACCAGAAUACGAAGUGGUAUAGCUGAUAUCAUGAUCUCCUUUGGCACUAAAGAACAUGGUGACUUUUACCCUUUCGAUGGACCCUCUGGAUUACUGGCUCAUGCUUUUCCCCCGGGUCCAGACUAUGGAGGAGAUGCCCAUUUUGAUGAUGAUGAAACUUGGUCAGAUGAUUCUAAAGGCUAUAAUUUGUUUCUUGUUGCCGCCCAUGAAUUUGGUCAUUCACUGGGACUUGAACACUCUAGAGACCCUGGAGCUUUGAUGUUUCCAAUUUACACAUACACUGGAAAAACUGGGUUUGUUCUUCCUGAUGAUGAUGUGCAAGGGAUCCAAGAGCUCUAUGGUGCUGGAGACAAAGAUCCCAACCCAAAACAUCCCAAAACACCAGAGAAAUGUGAUGUAGAAUUAUCACUUGAUGCAAUAACAGAACUUCGUGGAGAGAUGCUGGUCUUCAAGGACAGGUUUUUCUGGAGACUGCACCCUCAGAUGGUGGAGGCAGAACUGGUGUUACUUAAGUCGUUUUGGCCAGAGCUUCCAAAUAAAAUAGAUGCAGCUUAUGAAAAUCCCAUCAAAGAUCUUGUGUUUAUGUUUAAGGGAAAGAAAGUCUGGGCUUUGAAUGGCUAUGAUAUAGUUGAAGACUUUCCUAAAAAGAUAUAUGAAAUGGGAUUCCCAAGAGAAAUGAAAAGAAUAGAUGCAGCUGUCCAUAUUAAAGACACUGGCAAGACUCUCUUUUUUACUGGAAAUAAGUACUGGAGUUAUGAUGAAGAGGCAGAAGUUAUGGAAGCAGGCUACCCCAGGCUGAUAGAGGAAGAAUUCGCAGGAAUUGGUGAUAAAGUGGAUGCGGUCUAUGAAAGAAAUGGUUAUCUCUACUUCUUCAAUGGACAACUGCAGUUUGAAUACAGCAUCUGGAGCAAAAGAAUUGUCCGUGUCCUGCAUACUAACUCCCUAUUUUGGUGCUAAUUACAGUUGAGUGCCAUGUCAUAGGCUGCAGAGCAGCUUGUAGUACGUGGAAAUAAUAAUAAUGUGGGCAUAUAGGUUUACUAGAGGACAGCAAGGCUCCGUGAACAAGCACUGGGCUACCUACCACCAAAUGUAUACUGUAUAUAUGGAACUGUACAGCUGCAUGCCAGUCUGGAACUGAAUUAACUUAAUAGGAAAGGAGAAAAUAAAUCACUAGCAUUUCAAGGGGCAUUGCACCACUUUAAGUUUGUCUAGUAUCGAAGUGAGAUGCUGGAUACAUCACACAUGAUCAUGAACACUAAUAAUUCCUGGUAACCUGAGUAUGUCUAGCAUCUUUCAAGGAUCUCCUAGCAUGUCCCAAGAAAUACACCUGAUAAACCCAGGAGCAUUAUAUUUUUAAAGUAACCCUUCAUCUCUUUUUGAAAUGCCUUUUAAUGUACUAGGAAUUCAGGUGUGUAAUGAAUGAGUGAGGACUGCAUGGUGACUCCCUGAGAAGGUAACACCAGGCCACACAAAUGAAGUUAGGGAAUUCAAAGGUAUUUGAAAGUAUCCCCAUUUGACUAGAAAUGUCUCAUUGGAAGCAGAUGCACAUGUCAUCGCUAGAACAAGGAGAAGGUACAGAAGCAGUGAGGUGUCAUUCCAAAGAAGACAGAAAACAGGAAAAAGGAAAACUACUCCCUGCAGAAAUCAUCAGCCUGGAUGAUACUGGGGAAACCAGAAAGAAGCAGCAACAAGAGAGAGAGUCAUGCAGGUUGCAUGAUGUUACAUCUGGUAUCACAGCCCAUGUUUUCAGCUGAUGUAAACUGAAGUGACGUCUAUAGAGGUUAUGUCUAGCUCUGCCAGAAGAGAACCUGAACAUCCAAAUCAAAAUAUUGAAAAGAAUAUAUUUUUUCAUGUUUGUUACUCUUUUAACAUCUAUAUCAACUGCUUCGGUACAUUGUAAGUUUUUGGUCUGGUUUGGUUUUUUUAAUCAAUGGAAAAUAUA